GACCCAAUGAAAAGCACUGAAGUGCAAACCCUCGGCGCAUUGUGACGCGCGCGCGUGAGUAAACGCAUGCGCUGUAUCACUAAUCGAUGGGCUGGGUAGUCGUGGUCUCUUGCCAGCUCGCGCCUGACGCGGGCUAACUACACUACUAGAUAGCAUGCGGGAGGCGAUACACGCCCUGCGUUGCAUCUUCUGGUGCCUCCGAGGUAUAUACGCAGAGCACGCGGAUCGAUCAGACCGCGCUCUGCAACGGAGCAUUUUCAGAGAAAACCCCACAUAUUUUCUGACCUUCGUCGCCCGUUGGGUAGAUGGUAUCGUUUCUGGGACGAACAGACAUUCGAGAGGUGAGAUGUAGAGUAACAGACACACACAC